AUAGCUGCAGGAGCUUUUGUGGAAGGAGUUAUUAUUACAUAAGUAGAAGUCACAUCUGCGACGAUUUUAGGCUAUUUUUCUAAUUUAGUUCACUCUAUCGAAAUCAAUCUAGCUGCUGCUUAAAUCAAGACUUGAAACACUGUUCUGGGAGCUAUUUUGAUUCGUCGAUAGGCUGAUUAGAUAGAAACUUUAGGAUGUUUAUUUUUUGCUAGAUGAACUGAUUGCUUAUUUUGAUGCGUCAAUAGGCUGAUGUGUUAUCUUCUGAUGACAAAUUUGGUGUUUUUAAUGUUUAUGUGAUUUGGAUCUAUGGAUCUUGGGUUACUUAUUCUGAUUUAAGGAUCCUCAUGUGCUUGUUUGUGAAAUUAAAAUCACCUUAGCUGCAGAAAAGAGGUGUAGGGCUAUUGAAGGGAGGAAUAAUUUUUUACUUCAAAGGAGACAUGAUCUUUACUGAUUUUUUGGCUCUUGGUCAAGCUUCCAUUUCAAUUUUUUUGGGCAUAGAUCGAAACAACCAUACUUCCUAUUAUUACCCGAAGUUCAUAUGAAGUAAUAAUGCAUAGAAAAGUACACAGUUUGUCAAAACUGUAUACUUGAUGAUGAUUGAUGAAACUUUUACUGUAUAUAUUCUGUUGCAUGCGAAGAACUCUGAUUCCAAGAUUUUUGAACAAAAUUUGUGAAAUAUUACAUUCUCAAUUGAAGGGAUUUGUCCUGGACAUCAAAUUUGUCACCAUGAUCUGCCUCAAGGAAGGAUAGACACUUAACCUGUUGAAGACUCGUGUUUUAUAGUGAUAUCUGUAUUGUUAAAUAUCUGACAAGAUUGGAGGAACCAAAUUAACUAGACAUAUUUGUACUUGCACCGGAAGUUUCUCUUCUACUCUGGUGUCAAGCAGCAUGAUGAGCACAGUAGGUCUCGACUUCAGAAGUCCUAUGGAUCCUGACCUGACUUGGAAGAUAGUUUCAAAGAGGAAUAGGAGUGUGAUGAGACGUACCAGGAGACCGGUUGCUAAAAUCUUGAUGCUGGGAAUGGUGCUGGCUGAUAAAAAUGCCAGGACAGUGGAGCAUGUUACGGUUUCAGAGUCAGAGAAGGUUGGUGUGGAUGUUCUAGGAAGGCGCUUUUGUGAAAGAGUAGAGAAUGUUCCAAUUAAGAAAAGGAGAUUUGUGUUCCGAUAUCCAUCACCACCACCUCCACCUCCAUUGACUCCUUAUUUGUACCUUGAAGCCUCUGAACAGCAUGUAGAUUUUAACCUUGCUUCAAAUCAGAAUUUGGGUUCAAGCACCACACAGAGGAAACAGCUCAUGAAAUCGGAUUGUUCUGCCAAGUCAUAUGUUUCUAGUAUCGAUGAUAAGAAGAUUUCAGAGGUAAUAAAUGGUGUCGAGGAUUUCUCAGGGAUUGAAAUACUUGCAGCUGCUGCUUGCAGUGAUAGCAUCUGCAAUGAUGUUACUGAAUAUGAGGGAAAUCCAUUAGUAGAAGAACCAACAGUAGAGAGGAUGCAGUCUUCAGCUUCUUCAACUCAUUUGGAAGAAACUACUGCAUCAGUGGAGGCAGCAUGUAGCUACCCAAAAGAUCCGGUAAAUGAAAGUAAGUCUCAGGGUUCAUCUUUCCAAGACAAUUCCUUUGCUGUUUUGCAUGAAUUUCCUAGUGACAAGGAUACAGCGCCAGAAAAGUUUGUUCCCUUGCCAUAUAAUAGGUUACUAUGGGAUUUAAAUGUUUCAGUGGAUGCUUGGCUUUGUGAUGGAGGAGCUGUUGAUACUCAAAAGGAUUCUUUUGCUGAUAUUUGUGCGCGAAGCGAAGAGUUGCAGACUACAAAACCUCAAGAUAUAAAAAAUGACACUUUGAACGAAGUGGUUUCAUCCUAUGUCGAUGGGGGUAAUAAGAUGACUUCAGACUUGAGAACCAUGCCUGUUGAGACUGAUGACUUGAGUGUAGAGAAACAGGAAUCUGAAGGAUGCUUUCGUUAUGAUUCACACUUGCAGAUUAAGGAAUCUCUAGAUAUAAAAGAUGAUACUAUAGAUAAAGUGGUUCCAUCUGAUGUUGAUGGAGAUAAUAUGACGGCUUCAGACUUGCGAACCUUGCCUGUUGGGACCGAUGAUUUGAGUGAACAGAAGCAUGAGUGUGAAGGAUGCUCUGGUUAUGAUUCCCACUUGCAGACUAAGGAACCUCAAGAUAUAAAAAAUGUUGCUACAAAUGAAGUGAUUUCUUAUGAUGUUGGUGGGGUUAAUAUGAUGACUUCAGACUUGAGAACCAUGCCUGUUGGUAGUGAUGACUCAAGUACAGAGAAACAGGAAUGUGAAGGAUGCCCUGAUUAUGAUUUACACUUGCAGACUGAGGAACCUCAAGAUAUAAAAGAUGAUACUACAAACAAAGUAGUUUCAUCUGAUGUUAAUGGGGGUAAUAGGAUGACUUCAGACGAGAGAACCAUGCCUGUUGGAACUGAUGACUUGAGUACAGAGAAACUGGAAUCUGAAGCAUGCUCUGGUUAUGAUGCACAUUUGCAGACAAGUGAACCUCAAGAUACGAUACUUGAUGCUAUGAAAGAAGAGGUUUCAUCUGAUGUUGAUGAGGGUAAUAGGUUGACUUCAGACAUGAGAAUGGUGACUGUUGGGACUGAUGAUUUGGGUAUCGAGAAACAGGAAUCCGAAGAAUGCUCUGGCUAUGACUCACACUUGCUGACUAAUGAACCUCAACAUACAAAACAUGAUGCUAUGAAAGAAGUGGUUUCACCUUAUGUUGAUGGGGGUAAUAGGUUGACUUCAGACUCAAGAACCAUGCUUGUUGGGAUUGAUGCCAUUCCUGUUGGGCCUGAUGACUCGAGUACAGAGAAACCGGGAUCUGAAGGAUGUUCUGGUUAUUAUUCACAAUUUAAGGAUGGGGAGUUGAGGGAAUCAGAUGUUCAGGGCUGGGAGGAAGCUGAACAGGUGGAUUAUGACCCUGAAUUUGAUUUUGAGGAAGAAAGAUCAUUUGGCUUGGAAGCUGAGAGUGGGGAGCAGGAACUAAAGGUAGAAAGAGGAUCAAAUCUGGAACUAACUGCAAAUUUUAAAUGUUGCGAAUCGGGCGAGGCUUUGAGUAAAAAUUCGGUGAGCUUGAAGAUUAGAACCGUGGAAGUGUCUGAUGGUGAAACUAUGAAAAUUGAUUGCUUGGAUGGGUCUAAUUAUGAUCUUCGAGUUGAUUUAUCCAAGGUAUCAAAAAGGGAAUUGCUUUCAUGUGUUGAAGGAUCAUUGUCCUCUGAUGUUCAGACUAGAAGCAGGUUCGACAGUUUCAAUGAUUCGUAUCCUCGGGCUGGAAGAUGCGCUGGUUCCAAGAAAUCCUUAGGGAGGAUAGAUCUUGUUCACAGAUGCGUGGAAGAAGCCCCGGAGGUGCUCAUGUUUUCAAUCCUUCAACUAAUUAUUGGGAUUCUAAGCGGCGGCAUCCACCUAUUUAUGAUUGCCCCGACAGUAUCGGUCGUCCCAGACCAAAAUGUGUUUUUUGGAACCGAGAAUAUCUCACAGGCACAGACCAAAUUCCUUCGGAAGCUGCUGGUGUUGCGAGAUCUGGCCACCGUAUUACCAGGCAAUUUAUGGGUUCUUACAGGUCACCUUUUAGAAGGAGAUCACCGAUUGAAAGAGUUGAUUCUUACAGCAUGCAUCCAAGGAUUCCAACCGCAAGAGAUACUAGUCCUGAUCGGAGUAGGUUUAGAAGAUACCUGCAAGGGAUUAGUAGAGGCAUCAGAGAUGAGUAUCUCAUGCAUAUUCCUGAUGACAGCACGCAAUACAUGAGUCGCAUGCCACAUUGCUUAGACAAGAGAGAAAGAAGCAUUUCCCCCUAUGGUGGAAGAUACCAUCACUCCAUACCUUACAAGAGAGCUCGAUCAAGAUCGAGAAGUCGCUCUCCAAUUGAUUGGUUAUCGAGGGAUCGUAGUGAGGUUUCAAGACGUCGCAAUAGGUCACCAGAUUUUAGGUCUGAAGCUAGAAUGGAUAGAGUGAGGCUGCCAUUGACAAAGCGAUUUGGUGCAGGUCAUGGAGAGUUCAUUUUCCCACCCCGAAGUCAAGUUUCACCGCAACAAAAUUCCAGGAUGUUUGAGGAUCGUAAUCCUGGUUUAGACUAUUUUAGGGGUCGGAAAUCGCAUGCGAGGAUGCAGGACCAAAGGCUUGAUCGAGCGUGCCCCAUUUGGAGAUUGAAUUCAAAUGAUUAAUUCGAUGCCACGAUUCAACGUAGAAGAUUUCUUGAUAGAGCUGGUGGUGGUAAAGGGUGUAAAUAUGAAGUCAGUGAUGAUGGUAAACAUGGCAGCAGGUAUGCCAUGAUUCAUCAAGUGAGGUGUUAUGAUACAGAUAGUGGAGCCCGCCGGUUCCGGUAUAAUGAAGAAGAUUCAUAUAUGGCUAAGAACUCGUUAACCGUGAAUAAUUCAACCGGGGUCUCAUCGAGAUGCCCUGAUGAUGCUGAUGAUCCUAGGACAGCCGGUGAAGAUAAGUGAAUUAAGAUUAUGCAAGUGUGAGAGGAUUUGACUGGAAAGGGAGAUAUGAAACCUAGAACAGGUAAUGCCCCUUUCUGUUUACCUAAUCAUAUGCUUGUAUUUGGCUGGCUGGUGGGAGAUUUUGGUUUUUUUCAGCUUACCUUACCUAAUCAUAUCUAAAGGUUAAACGAGUUUUUUU